AUGGGACGCCCUGCGCAGCGCGUACAGUCGAUCUGCCCGCAGGCGGAUGUUUUGUACCCGAAGGUCAACAAGGCUCUCUGGGACGAGGUCUCCGCGGAGCUCAACACGGAGGCGUUCCAGAACAAGGCGCUGGACUGGAUGCGGGGGGCGAUUCAGAUUCCGACGGAGGUGUUCGACGCGAUGGGCGAGCCGGGGGAGGACGAGCGCUGGGAGAUCUUCUACGAGUUCCACGAGUACUUGCAGAAGGAGUAUCCAAUGGUACACUCGAAGUUCUCCCGCGCGACUGUGAACACCUUCGGUCUCGUCUACUCCUGGCCCGGAAGCGACCCCUCCCUCAAGCCGAUCCUUCUCACCGCGCAUCAGGACGUCGUUCCCGUGCCCGCCAACACCAUCCCCUCUUGGACGCACCCACCGUACUCCGGCUUCUUCGACGGCGAGCGCAUCUGGGGCCGCGGCGCGUCGGACGACAAAAGCGGGCUUAUCAGCAUCAUGAACGUGCUGGAGACGCUCAUCGGGAAGGGCUGGACGCCGGUGAGGGGCGUCGUGCUGGCGUUCGGGUUCGAUGAGGAGGCGAGCGGGACGCAUGGCGCGGCCGCGAUUGGGCCCUAUCUACUGAAGACGUUUGGCAAAAACGCCUUUGCGAUCGUCGUGGAUGAGGGAGGAGGCUACCAGGAGGAGUACGGUGCAGUCGUCGCCACGCCUGGCAUUGCGGAGAAGGGGUACAUGGAUACGAAGGUGGAGGUACACUCGCCGGGAGGUCACUCCAGCGUUCCCCCCGCGCACACUACGAUCGGCAUCCUCGCGCGCCUGCUGACCGAGUACGAGAAGAAUCCAUAUGAUAUAAGGCUGACCCGCAACAACCCCGUCUAUCUUACCUAUCAGUGCCACGCCGAGCACGCGCCGGACCUCCCCGAGGAAAUCCGCAAGCUCAUCUACUCGAGCGCGGAGGGUGGCGCCGAGGACGCGCUGCGCAAGGUGGAGGACUUCGUGGUCCAGGACAAGAAGUCGAGGUCGAUCAUCACGACGACGCAGGCCGCGGACAUGAUCAAUGGUGGCGUGAAGUCGAACGCGCUGCCCGAGGAGGCUUGGGCGAUUGUGAACCAUAGGAUCUCGAUUACGAGCUCCGUCGCCGAAACGCAAGCGCACGACACCGCCACGGUCAAGGCGCUCGCCGAGCAGUUCAACCUCACCUUCGAGGCGUUUGGCAACCUGAUCUCCGACCCGGAUGCGCCGUCCAGCAGCGGCAAGCUGAUCCUAGAGGCUGCAUUUGGGCAUAGCCUGAACCCAGCGCCGCGGACGCCGUUGUACGGCGAGGAUGCCGACCCCUACCGCUUCCUCCACGGCACCAUCAAGGCGACCUACAACACGCACCACGAGCUCGAGGAGGGUAGCGACAACAUCAUCGUCGCUCCUGGCAUGUCCUCCGGCAACACGGACACAAAGUACUACUGGGACCUCACGCCGCACAUCUUCCGGUACAACCACAAGGCGACGCCGACGAAGCUGGUCAAUGGCGUGCAUACGGUCGAUGAGUUCCUCGAGCUCGACGCCUAUGUUGAGGAGAUGCUUUUCUUCGCCACGCUCAUCCUGAACGCAGACGAGUCGACAGUGCUGUGA